UAGUACGUGCGAAUUAUAUAUUCAGAAACGUGCCGUGAAAAUCAAACAUAUUGUUCGCCUAUGAUAAACAUAUGAUAAAAUCUUUCUAUUGCAUUUCUUUCUUAAACGUGACUGAUACAUUAAUCAAAAUUAAAACAAUCAUUUUAACACAAAAUUAUUGCAGAUAUAAAUAACUUUCGCUUAUCUGUAUUGAUUCGUGAACAUUUAUUUGCUAAGUAAAAGAUAUGAGAAAACGUUAAUAAUAAUAUGCAGUAAAACAUUUAGUAAAGAUGAACACCUUUCGGAAACAUCUAUUACUUUAUAUCCUAAUCAUACUGUUUGGCGGAAACGUAGCAGAAAAAUUCUCUCUUUACGAAGAUAUACUUACGCAAGAUGCUGAUUUUGAACAAUAUCACGAGAUAUCACAAAAUGACGACUCUAGAUUACCAAAUGACUAUAGAUUACCAACAUCUGUUAAACCCAUUUCCUAUGAAAUCAUACUUACACCAAAAUUUCAAGACAAUUUCACAUUUGAGGGCACCGUGAAAAUUACCGCUGAAGUGAAAAACGAAACCGACAGCAUUACGCUUCACGUCGGAAAUAUCCAAAUCACAUCACGUUCCAUUUUAGUGGACGAACAAAACGUCAAUCUCGUCAAUGAUACAUAUGAUAAAGUCACUGAAAAAUACACUCUUAAUUUCCCCCAAACUCUUCGGAAAGGAUCGGAGAUACUAAUUUCUUUCGCAUAUAACGGUAUUUUGAACGACAACAUGAUCGGAUUUUAUAAAAGUUCUUACUUUGAUGAAGAUGAUCAGAUCAAAUGGUUAGCUGCGACACAGUUUCAAACUACACAUGCGAGACAUGCAUUUCCAUGCUUUGAUGAGCCGAGUUUUAAGGCAACAUUUACAAUUCGCAUAUCAAGAAACAAAAACUCUACAUGCCUCAGUAACAUGCCACUCAACUAUACCAAAGAAGUAAACAAGGAUAUCUUCUGGGAUACCUUCGAGACAAAUGUCCUCCCUAUGUCUACCUAUCUAGUGGCAUUCGUCAUUUCGGAAUUUAAAAAUUCUGCCUCUAGCAAAAAUGAUUUUAAUGUAUGGUCUAGGCCAUCCGUCAUCGAUCAAACGAGUUACGCUUUAAAGAUUGGUACUGAAGCUUUAGAGUUACUCGGUAACAUAUUCGAGCAAGAAUAUCAGCUUCCUAAAAUGGACAUGGUAGCUAUACCCGACUUCUCAGCCGGAGCCAUGGAAAAUUGGGGAUUGGUGACGUAUCGCGAGCCUCGGAUGCUGUACGACGAGAAAGAAUCAUCGGCACCUGCACAGCAGAGCGUGGCUUCCGUAAUUGUUCACGAGCUCACGCAUAUGUGGUUCGGAAAUCUAGUGACACCAGAAUGGUGGAGCUACCUCUGGCUUAGUGAAGCAUUCGCCAGAUACUUUCAGUAUUUUGGUACAGCGGAAAUCGAGAAAACGUGGAACAUGAGAGAGCAAUUCGUGGUAGAACAGCAUCAAUCUGCUUUAAUAGUGGACGGUUUUGAAUCUUCUCGUCCGAUGACUCGAGAGGUUUUCAGUCAAUCGCAAAUCGGGGGAAUGGGAGAUUCUAUUACCUAUGCAAAGGGAGCUAGCAUUGUUCGUAUGAUGAACCUCACGUUUGGAGACAACGUCUUCAGGCUCGCAUUACGCGAUUACUUACGUAACAACAAAGAAAAAGGAUUGGGCAAUCCAAAUGCUUUAUGGAAAGCAAUGCAGGACCAAGUAAAUUUACAUCCACUUCCAAUAGAAUCCGAUGUGAAAACAAUAAUGGAUACCUGGACUAUACAAGCUGGAUACCCCGUGGUAUUAAUCAAUAUUGAUAAAGGCAAACUCCAUAUUACUCAACAACGCUUUCUUCUAAGAAACUUGAACAAAACUCCCACGAAUGUUACCUGGUGGGUACCGCUUACAUGGACUACACAAUCCAAUCCAAUUUUUGAUAAUACUCUUGUAAAAUAUUGGCUAUCCACCGAAAAAUAUACUACAGAUUUUGAUAUUGAUCCGGAAGAGUGGGUAAUAUUCAACGUUCAAUCAUCAGGUUUUUAUCGUGUAAAUUAUAAUUACGAUGGAUGGCAACGCAUCUUUAACGUCUUAAACAGCGACAAAUUCGAUGAGAUUCACGUGUUAAACAGAGCUGGCAUCGUAGACGAUUUGUUAAAUUUGGGUAGAGCAGGACUUUUAGACUACAAAACAGUUUUGAAUGGAAUAGCGUAUCUUAAUCAGGAAACAAAUUAUUUGCCCUUUAAAGCAGCAUUCAAUGGUUUGGAUUAUUUGCAUAAGCGACUUACAGGAUACGAUGAACAUUUUUUAUUCAAGAAACACGUUCUAUCUCUUAUUCAUAAUAAACGCAAAGCAUUAGGAUACGAAGAUAGCACAAACGAUGAUAGAUUAACGAUUCUAUUACGACGAGAAAUAAACAAUUGGGCCUGUAAUUUAGGUGACGAUGAAUGUAUAACGGUUUAUAUGAAGAAGUUCAAACAGUGGAGAGCAAAUAGUUCUAUUCCUAUUAAGCCAAAUGAAAGGACUACGACAUAUUGCGUAGCCGCCAGGUAUGGAACUCCUGAAGACUGGGAAUUUUUGUGGAAACAGUAUUUGAAUUCCAAUUAUGUGACCGACCAAACAGUGAUCAUAAGCGCUCUUGGAUGCAGCUUGAAUACCACAAUUUUAGAAAAGUAUCUGAGAUACGCCAUCAGCAGUUACGCAACCAACCGAAUUCGUAAACAAGACAGCACGAAUGUCUUCGCUGCCGUUUAUAAUUCUGGUUUGACCGGCGCGGAAUAUAUUCUUGAUUUCGUUGAGAAGCAUUACAAAGAGAUGGAGAAAUAUUAUGGAGGCCAGAGUACGAUAGCCACGAUUCUCGAGGGAGCAUCGCAACGUUUCUCCACACCUAGAUUAGUGAACAAAUUUCAAAAUCUCAUAAACGGGCAUAAGAUGGAAUUUGCGCCGAUCCUCGAAUCUCUAGAAUCCUCUUUAAAGAUCGCUAGAUACGAAUUGGAAUGGUACAAGUCCGCUUCGGUACCUAUUAUUCAAUGGCUACAACAAAAAUACCGCCUACCAACAAAUAUAAGUCCCCAAAAAUAUGUUAUAUCCAUUACGCCUUAUCUCGAAGUGGAAAAUUUCACCGUCGACGGACACGUCAUGAUUGAAGCCGACGUUGUGCAACAGACAAAUCAGAUAAUUUUGCACUCGGCGGAAAUUAAGCAUCAUACGGUAAAUGUGACAGCUAAUCAGACACCAGUUCAAAUUGUAAAUCAACAUAUCGAAAAGGAAUAUGACUUUUUUGUGAUCAAUCUUGAUCAAAAACUGCCCGUUGGAACUAAAUUGAUCAUCGAAAUCGAGUACACGAGUCACUUAAAUACAUCAGAGCUUCGUGGCUUUUAUAAAAGUUCAUAUGUGAAUGAAAAUGGAAAAACGAGAUGGCUUGCAGCCACGCACUUAGAGCCCGUUGGCGCCAGAAAAAUGUUCCCUUGCUUUGAUGAACCGGCAAUGAAAGCACUCUUCACUGUUCAAGUUAGUGUACCAACAGGUUACAACGCUGUCAGCAAUAUGGAAUGGCGAUCGAUAACAAAAGUUGACGAUCGCCUAUUAUACACUUUCUUUGAAUCAGUAAAGAUGUCGACGUAUCUGGUAGCAGUUAUUAUUUCCGAUUUCAAAAUUAAUCCUGCGACAAAUAUUUAUCCGACAAGCAAAACUAAAUAUGCCGUAAUCGCGCGUCCCAACGCUAUUAAUCAAACGAAAUACGCCGCAUCCGAAAUAACUGAAUUUGUAAAUUUCUUUGAGACCACAAUGAAACAGCAGUAUAAACUCUCCAAACUCUACAUGGUCGCGCUGCCAGACUUCCCAUCAGGCGCGGGGGAAAAUUGGGGUCUCUUGACAUAUAGAGAAUCGUAUUUAUUAUACGAUGAGAAUCACUCUCCGAUCACGAGCAGGCAGAAUAUCAGAAACGUGAUCGCCCAUGAAAUUUCCCAUCAAUGGUUCGGAAAUUUGGUCACUCCUUUAUGGUGGAAGUAUCUGUGGUUAAACGAGGGAUUCGCCAGAUACUUUGAAUAUCACGCUCCUGCUCUUAUAUUUAUACCGUGGAAAUUGGAAUGGCAAUUUGUGGUGGAUCAAGUGCAUUCUGCUUUUAAAGCAGACAGUUCCAAGUCCUCGCACGCCUUGAAUCACGAUGUAUAUAGCCCAAGUGAAAUUCGAAGUAAAUUCGAUAGUAUUUCUUAUAACAAAGGCGCCAGCAUAUUAAGAAUGCUAGAAACAUCAUAUGGAAAUGAGAUAUUCUAUGAGGCAUUAAGUGAUUAUCUUAGCAAAAGAAAAUACGAUGUUGCUACACCAGAAGACUUAUACGCAGCAAUUCAAACACAAGCAACAAAAAGAGGAUUAAAAGACAAUAUCACAGCCAUUUUAAAUACGUGGGUUAAUCAACCCGGUUAUCCUGUAGUUCAUGUCGAUAUUAAUGAAAGUACUAUAAUUUUGAGACAGGAACGAUUCUUCUUUAAGCAAGAUGAGAAUAAUUCUGAUACAUGGCAUAUCCCAAUCACAUGGGCAUUGGUCCAUAAAAGUUCAGAAUAUGACGAUACCACGCCAAAGCUAUGGUUAACAAAGGAUGAAAUGAAAAUCAGCAGGCCUCAAUCAUCAACCUCACUUUUAACAUUCAACGUGCAGCAAUCUGGUUAUUAUCGCGUGAAUUAUGACAAGAAAUAUUGGAUGAAGUUAUUUGACUAUCUUAAAACAAGUAAUAAUAUUAACACGAUUCAUAAAAUCAAUCGCGCAGCAUUAAUUGAUGAUCUUAUGAAUUUGGCAAGAGCAGAUUACAUUGAUUAUAAAACUGUUAUAUCAGCUCUAACGUAUUUAAAUCGAGAAAGCAAUUAUAUUCCUUGGCGCGCAUUCUACAAUAAUCUGCCUUAUUUGAACAACCGUUUUCGAGGACGAAGUAUUGAAGAUAUAUAUAAAAUAUAUUUAAAAUCGCUUAUAAGACCACUUUACGAACGACUAGGUUUCAAAGAUAAAUGGAAUGAUGAUUCGAAUUUAACUAUUUUGUUAAAAAUUUAUACUCGCAAAUGGGCUUGCAAAUUAGAAAUAGGAGACUGCAAAUUCUAUGCUGCAUACUAUUUCCAACAAAAAUUACGACAUUCAAAAAAAAUACCUCCAAAUUAUCGCGAUGUUGUUUAUUGCACAGCUAUGAGUGCAGAUACGACAAACAAUACUUACGAGUUUCUUUGGAAAGAAUACUUAAACAGCAAUGUCGCUACAGAUAAACUUGUGAUUCUUAGCUCAUUGGCAUGUUCACAGAAUAAAGAUAUUUUAGAAAAGUUAUUGCGAGAUGCGAUUGCAGAGGAUUCAUACAUACGCUACCAAGACAGCGCAAAAGUAUUCUCAGAUGUCUACGAUGCAAGUUUAAUUGGCAUUGAAGUUGUUAUGAAUGUCAUUAAAAAUAAUUACGAUGAUAUAUUACGUAAGCACUUUGAUGAUUAUACGAAAAUUGGGAAUAUAGUAAACUCUCUGGCAAGCAGAUUAUCCACUCAGCAACUUUAUAAACAGUAUCGAAAUUUACUGGAUUGGCUAGUCGAGAGAGAACCAGCAUUCAACAAGUUUGUCGAUUCCUAUCUAUUAACCGCGCAAUACGAAUUUGAUUGGUAUGAGAGAAAAGCGCCAAUAAUUUUUGAAGAAAUGGACAAGCAAUUUUUAAACAACAAAUACCGCUUGCCGAGAGCACUUUACCCAGAACUGUACAAUAUAACACUCAAACCUUAUAUAGAGAAAGGCAUCUUCGAAGGGCAUGUGCAAAUAUACAUGAGGGCUGAGAAUGAUACUAUGUCCAUAAUUCUCAAUUCGCACAACCUCAAUAUUUCAAAUAUAAAAGUCUUCAAAAAUUACAUGGUGGGCAAUAAAUUGAAUGCCGAACCAAUACAACUGUUAAACUAUACGAAUGAGCAAUUUCCGCAACAAUUAAGGAUAUAUCUAAGUUCCGAAGUCAAAAAUGCCGAGAAUAUAAUGGCAGAAAUUGAUUUUAAUGGUACUCUUAAUGACAAUAUGGAAGGAUUCUAUCGUAGCUUCUAUUUCGACGAUGCCGGACACCAAUAUUGGGUAGCUACAACACAAUUUGAGCCUGCACAUGCUAGAGAAGCUUUCCCUUGCUUUGACGAGCCAGCAUUUAAAUCGAAUUUUAUAAUUAAUAUUAAAAGACCAAACAAUUACAAUACAUUAAGUAAUAUGCCAUUAAGUAAAAUGCCACAAUAUAUAGAGCUUAAAGACGAAAACUAUAAAAUGGAUAUAUUCGACGUUAGCAAUGUGAAAAUGUCAACGUAUCUGGUAGCGUUUGUUAUCUCCGAAUUUAAGCCUGUGAAUGAAUCUGAAAAGUUUCUAAACGUUUGGGGCAGACCCGAAAUCGUUAAGUAUGGCGAAUAUGCUCAAAAUAUCGCCAAAGCAGUUAUUAAUGAGUUGGAAAACUUCACGGAUAUUGAGUAUUCUUUGCCUAAGCUGGAUUUAGUGGGAAUUCCGGAUUUCCCAAUGGGUGCGAUGGAGAACUGGGGUCUGUCUACUUUCCGCGAAUACGGUCUCUUUUAUAACAAAACCGAAACCACAGCCACGUACGAAAAGUAUAUAAUCACCAUAAUAGCGCACGAACUUGCACACAUGUGGUUCGGGAAUCUAGUUACAUGCGCAUGGUGGAAUUAUAUUUGGCUUAAUGAAGGCUUCGCUCAAUACUUUGAAUGGUAUAUUGCUGAUCAGAUAAAGCCAGAUUACGAAUUUAUGAAUCAAUUCGUGGUUUAUGAGCUGCAGCCUGCUCUGUUACAAGAUUCUUUGUCGUUAUCCCAUCCAAUGACAAAUUCCGUUGAACAACCUAAAGAAAUAAAUAAUAUUUUCGAUUAUGUCACUUAUGGAAAAUCUGCCAGUGUCUUACGAAUGCUAUUUAAUACAUGGGAAGUUAGAAAGAACCCAGAAACGUACAAGUUAGUGCUUCGCCAUUAUUUAAAUAAACAAAGAAACGGUACGGCACUUCCUACAGAUUUAUGGGAAAGCUUCGAAAAAUUUGUAUCAAUUGAGAAGGCAAGCAUCAAGGAAAUAAUGGAUUCUUGGACAAAUCAACCAGGAUAUCCUGUCGUGAACGCUACAUUAAAUAAUAAUAUAGUAACGCUUACUCAGGAGCGGUUUUUAAUGAACAGAAGUACUACUACAUAUGAAUUUUAUUGGAUACCAAUUCAUAUCACUUUAUCUAAUCAGGACUUUAAUCAGAUUAUAAAUAUCAAAUCUAUAGGAUGGCUAGGAUCGGAAAAAGAAAAAAUAUAUAUCAACCUCAAUAACGAGUGGUUUAUCGUGAAUAGCAAUCAAUUUGGUUUUUAUCGUGUUAAUUACGAUACUUAUUCAUGGGGACGAUUAAUCGAUCAACUGAAUAGCGAAAGAUUCGAAUCAAUCCAUGUCUUGAAUCGUGCUCAAAUUAUAGACGACCUCUUUAACUUAGCUCGCGCUACUUACGUAGAUUAUGAAUUGGUGCUAAACGCAUCGAGGUAUUUGACUCGAGAGACAAAUCAUUUACCCUGGAAAGCAUUCUUUAACGGCUUGUCGUAUGUCUACGAAAGAUUCGAACAGAGGGGACAUCAGAAGCAUCUAGAAAAAUACAUUUUGAAGAUAUUAUCCACGAUGUAUAACAAAACAGGAUUCAAUGAUCGCGAUGACGACAAGUUUCUGGAUAAAUUAAAUAGAGAGAUGAUUCUCCAGUGGGCUUGCAAACUCAAUAACAAGGAGUGUGUAAAAAAUUCUAAAGAUUUAUUUAUGGCUUGGCGUAAGAAUAUUCAAAAACGAAUACCAUGUAAUGCACGACCAGCUGUUUAUUGCACGGCGAUAAAGGAAGGGAAUAUAUUAGAUUGGAAUUUCUUAUAUGAACAGUACUUAAAUACAAACUUUGAUUCAGAGAGAAAAAUUAUUAUAAAUGCACUUGGGUGCUCUACAGAUAAAGCAGUGCUCAAAAUCUAUCUACAGGCGGCCAUCCAAAAAUACAAUACAGCUGCUAUUAUUCGCCGACAAGAUGUUUCAGCAGUAUUUGCUUCCGUAUAUAGCGCAAGUCAACUAGGAGUGAAUUUUACUCUUGACUUUUUAAUAACAAAUAUCUCAGAGGUCCUUGAUUAUUUUGGCAAUUGGGAUGAUGUGGCGACUUUGUUUCAUAACGUGGCAUCUCAUAUAUCAAGUUGGGGUCAAUACAAUAAGCUGAGCAAAUUUGUCGACUCUUAUGUAACCUUGCACGCUCCAGACAAGGCAAGAUUUGCUUCCGCCAUCUCUACUGCCGAAGCCAACUUGAUGUGGUAUCAAAGACAUAAUCAAACAAUUAAUCAGUGGAUAAAAAAUGAGUUUGCAGAACCUCUCACAGAUAACGGUUCUAAUAUGGUAAGAUCAAUGAAUGUUAUAUUUAUGACUCUCAUUGCUUUAAUAUCAUACUUUUUAAGCUGUUACUGAUAAUGAGAAACUGCAUUAAAUAAAAAAUAAUAAUGCACAUAUAGAGAGUAUUUCCUAGCUUUCUAUUUUACACAGAACAAAAAAAAAUUAAUCUUUAUAAUUUUAUUUUUUUUAAUAGUAGUUUCUUAGUCAAUAAUAUUUUCUUUACAUAAUAAUUUACUUUUUCUAAAAAUUUAACAAUAGAAAUAAUGUUUUACCUUCUUUGUAUAAUGCCUAAUGUAGAAAUAUUAUACAUCUUUGAAUUGUAUUAGAUGAGUAAAAAGAUAAUAUGUGAAAUGAGACAUAAAACAUAAUUUUUAAUAA